UAAUUGUGAAAAUAGUCGAUUGGAGUGAGGAAGAUUUUCUCACACACAGCUGUGUCAAUUUGCGUCGUGUCGUCGCGGUGAAUGUUCUAGCACGGCUUGAUGCUUGCUGCAGUCUACUGAGAAAAAAAACCAAGCCAAUCGAUUGAAAAUGUUCUCCACCAAAAAGGAUAUUGAUCGUCAUGUGAAAACCUCUCUCAACAAGUUGCCGGAAAACGAGCGCUACCUGCGUGGACUGGCAAUAGCGAGGCAAUACUUUAAGCUGAAUGAAUAUGCGAGCGCGGAGCACUGGCUGUCCUGUUACCUGUCGGUACAGGAAGAUAGUGCCCCGGCACACAAGCUGCUCGGCCAGUGUUACGAGAAACAGAAAAAGUUUGACCGGGCCAUCACCUCCUACCAACGGUCGCUCCAGCUCGAUUCGAAGCAAACCGGGCUAAUUACGGACGUGUGCAAGCUGUUGCUCAUGGACGACAACCUCUCGAAGCACUUGUCGAAGGCGAAGCACUGGUGCGAUCUGGCCGAAUCGGAGCGCAUCAAUCACGAAGCGGUACUGAACCUGAAGUUGAAGGUAGCGAAUAAGGACGCCACCGCAGACAAUAAGCUAGUAAAGGACAUCAUACUGAAGGAAAUUUUGGCCCGUCCGUUGGAUCCGUUGUUACGCGUACGACUGGUGGACCAUUUUCUAGACGAGAAAAAGGUGGACGAAGCGUUCAAGUACUGUUUCGAGCUGGAGAUGAAAUUUUGCGAACCUUUCAUGCAGUCGAACGAGUGGACAAACGGUGUGGCAAACAUGCUGUCGAAAUACUCUGAUUCGCCACCGCCAGGUGAUGGGGCGGGACUGCAAAGGCACUGGAACUAUUAUCUGCUGCAAGCGCUUGUUUUGGACCGGCAGAUCCAUUUGAAUUUACUCGCCGAUUCGACAAUGGAAACAAUCAAGCGAAGCAAUCUGAAGGAAAUAGCACAGAAAUUGUUUAAACUGGACCAAACAUUGCAACAGGUGGCGGAGAAAGGUCGUAAUGCUGCCCCGCAGAAGCAGAUGGCCGAAGCGUAUCUGCAACAUUAUCGGGGUCAGUGGCUCCUGUAUUCGGCAUCGUUGCUGUUUAAGGGUUCGCAAGAUCAGCAGUCCAGUGCUGGCCGGUCGAAGGAUGUGAACAAAAAGUGUCUAGCACUGUUACUAAUGGCUUACCAGUGCGGUGUUCCGAAUCCAGAUGAACCAUGGCUGAAGCACAGCAGUGAAAUGGCACGUAAUUUGCUGGGCUUCUGGAACAAGCAGGCGGCAUUCCGAUGUUGCCAGGCUGGGAGUACGCUGUUGUCCUGUGUGGAAGAUGGUGUUGAUUUGUCUGUGUUGGCGCAAAUACAGAAUGUUACGGAAACAAAGGUUUGGACAACGGCGGAUGAUAUAGUAAAUCAGAUUCGUCAACUCUGCUCGGAUCCUGCAUGGCGUCAAAAUGUAUCCCGUGCACUUUAUUCGUUCGGCGACAUUACAUCGAAGGCAGCAUCCGGUGCGUAUUUCACGAAAGACGGUGUUGCGUUCGGCGAACCACAGUAUGUGCUGCCAAAGCGUGAGCAAAUCAUCAUGUACGUAGAGUUCGCUCAAUCGCUGUAUCCUUCCUCAUUGCCGUAUCUGGUGUAUCUGGGUCUGGCGAUCGGGAUGGAAAAUUUAUCCGAAUUUCGAUGCAAAGCGUUCCCACGGUUGAACUUUUCCACCAACAAUCUGGAAAACUGCAACCUGGAAACAUUGAACCAGCUCGAUAUGGAUUCGUUCCUGUACUGCUCGAUUCUCGUUGCCCAUAGCAACCUCGAUAGCAAGCGCUUGUCGAACCAGUCGCACCAGGGUCGUCCGGUAUUUCUGCCCGCGGCAAAUCUUAUCCCACUGCUGUGUGAGGAUAGUAAGAUCGAUUGGUGGAGUGCCGCGUACCAGCUGAUCAAGAGUAGUACCGCUAAGGAUGCGGCGGUUAGUGUGGCCGAACAGCGCCAGCUGCUGCAGCAUGGUUUGCAAGCGAUUCGAGGCACCGGUGCACCACUAUGCGAUGUUAUCGUGUUGCUGAAGUUGGGCCAGGUGCUGGUACUACGGGCAGGAGGUGUAUCAAAGUUGGUCACAUCAAAGAUCACACCGGAAGAACGACGGUACAUCGAGAGCCGCGUUGAAUCCGUUUACCGUGCCGGGGUGUUGCUGUGGAAGCUACGUAACGAAUCUUCGUACGCUGGUGGCAUAGAUGGUGAGGGAGGUGGUGGUGGUGGUGGCGGCCGCUACGGUUCCGAAAUGUUCUUCAAGUACGGUGGCAAAUCGUACGAUUGUCAGCAGGAAGUGGCUAAGUUGGCCGAGACGGCCAUUACAUUUCUGGCAACGGUUUACUUCAAACGCAGUCGGUAUGAAGAAUUCGCGCAAGACUUUGGCGGCAUUCCUUUACCGUUUGCGGCGUACUUUCGUGCGGAAGCGUUUAAAAAGUUGGACGAAUCCAACAAAACACCGCUGAAAGCAAAAAAGUUUUACUCUGAGCGUGCGCGUGAAUGUAUCCGCCAAACACAGCGCUAUUUGGAGCUACCGUACGUGGAACGAGACCAUCCGCUGAAUCACGUGGUGCAGAAUGAGAUGAAGCGUCUAUCGUUCGCAAACGAUUCGUUCGAUGGGAGUUUGAACACAUCGGCCAACGGAGGUGUCGUGGGAACGAGUGCGGACGAAAGCGAUCAUUUCCAGUCUUUUACAUCCUCGAUGACGAAUGCUGGGAUGGGCGCGACAAGUGGAACAGCAGCGGGCGUUUUGCUAUCACGCAGCAUGACAGAGCGGGAUUCGGCGACCGCUGCUGCCGCCUCGAUGUGUCUAGCGAAAACGAACGAUCUCGAGGCACUGAUACGACAGAUGAUGGAAACACUGACGUUCGUUAAGGAGGAUGUACUGGGAAUUCGAAACGACGUAGGCGACAUGCAGGAUCGAUUGGUUAAGAUCGAGGAAAACAUGUUCCGGAAGUCACCGGUGGAAGCGGUGGGUGUAGCUGGAACAUCAACGUCGACCCCAUUAGUGAAUGAAUCGUCGGCCACGGUGUCUGCAGCGGCUGCUGCAGCGGCCAUGCAAGCCAUGAGCGAUAUGUACAUGAUGGAUGAGUUGCAGGGUACCUCACCGGCCCUAGCAUAUCAACAUGCCGCAGCAGCUGCUCGAACCCCGGUAAUGGGCGGCGUUGGGAUGGCUCCUCCCCAGCAACCAGCCUAUCACAAUAUGUACGGUACCAAUGUGUAUCCCAAUUACUUACCACCGCCGGGACAGAUGGCGGGUCAGUAUCAACAGCAGCAGCAAAUGCUAACUCCACGCGGUCACCCAAUGACAGGAGCGAUGGGAGCUUCUCCGAUGCACACCAGUGCCGCUUAUCAUUCGGACAGUCUCCUGAUACCGUCCGGUGGAUCGCCAGCUGCCGGUGGAUAUCACCAUUUGCCGGCGUUCCAGCAAACUGUUCUACCGACACAAUCCGAUUCCCAGCUGGUCAUGAUGCAUUCAGGCCCGGUGAUGUCCCAAAUUACCACGCCCGCCUCAACGGUCACUUCGAAAUCGGGAAGCGGCGGCAGUCUUUCGAUCGAACAAUCGCUGCAGACUCCCGCACUCCUUAGCAGUUGGAACAAUACCUACAACAGUAGCAACACCACGUUCAAUGCUCCGGCAUCCUCGGCGUCCGUGUCAAGUAUUGCGUUGUCCACCUAUUUGUCCACCAGUGCGGAAACGAAAGGCGGUGCACCGGUAAAUGUGGUCAUUACUAGCUCAGAUCCGUUACCACCACCACCAAGCAUUAACAGCUCCACUUUUGCCGCUAGUUCGGGCGUACAACCCACGUACAGCGUUACAAUUCCUCCGCAACACAUAAAACACAGCAAUACGGGUGGCAGCAUUGGACAGGGAACGACAGGCAACAACAACACCAGCACACCCAAACCGGAACCAAUUCCAGUAUCCACCACCGUAAACACAAAGUUCCCGAUGCCUUCGAUCCAGUUGGCGGCUGGUGAUAAGACUACCACCGCCAUUGGUGGUCCGCUUUCUACGACCUUCGCACCAUCUUUCUUUGCUAACAUGGUGUCCCCGGCGAAGAAUUCUUCCAGCGUGACCAAUCAACUCGAGGAAGAUGAUGACGAUGAUGAUAAAAACGUUUCGGGUGGUGUCGAGUACGAUCCCCGUCCAGACUUCCAACCGAUCAUACCUUUGCCGGAUGAGAUUGUGGUGCGUACUGGCGAAGAAGACGAGGAGCAAAUGUUCAGCGGACGCUCGAAACUGCUCCGGCUGGUCGACCGGGAAUGGAAGGAGCGUGGUUUGGGUGAGCUGAAGAUACUGCGAUCGAAGGCCGAUCCGGCCAAGGUAAGGAUCGUGAUGCGACGGGAACAGGUGCACAAGAUCUGUGCCAAUCACUACAUCACACCUGAGCUUAUCAUAAAACCGAUGGAAAAGCACAAGGAAUGUUACAUCUGGGCGGCGAUGGACUUUGCCGACGAGGAACCGAAAAAAGAAUCGUUCUGUGCCCGGUUUGGUACUGUCGCGUUAGCGAACGAAUUCUAUCAGACGUUUGUCGCGGCACGGGACGAGGUUGCUCGCUUGCGUGCAGCCGAUGGUGGUAAUCAGCAGAGCAGUGGCAAGAGCUCAGCUCCACCACCUGCCACGGUCGGUGGUAGCUUUGCGUUUAGCAGCACACCGAAAUCAUCCAGUACGCCUGUUUCGUCUGCGGUAACAACGGCCCAAACAACAGCAACCGGAGUUGUGAAACCAUUUGGAGACUUUACAUUCGCAAAAAAUUACACACCACCCUCAGUUGUCGCUAAACCGCUAAGCACCCCUACAACAACCGGAACUGCUAGUAACGAUGGUAAACCGAGUCCGUUUGCGUCAUUCACAUUGAAAGCUCAAACAACACCGGCUAUCGGCGCUGGGUCUUCCAAUCCAUUUGGUACUAUUUUCGGUGGACUUGGAUUCGAGGAGCGCGACUUCAUCUGUGCCCACGAAACGACGAACGUAAUCGGUCUGAAGCGUCGGGACCAGCAGGCAUCUAGUGCGUGGACGGAUUGUGAAGUUAGCAGCGGACUGUUACGUCUGCUUACCUCUACGUCAACCAUUCGGCUAUUGAUGCGCAACAGUGACCGGCCCAGCACCAUCUAUCUGAACCACAUCCUUAGCAAGGAAGUGCAGAUGAAAGCCGCCGAAAAAAAUGCUUGCAGCUGGACUGUCCAGCAAGAUGCUACGUAUCCUACUGCUAAGGGGCCGCUAACUUUUAUGGCAACGUUUAAAACCACUGACGAGCGGGAUCGAUUCUUAUCGGCGGUGCAGAAAUUGCUUCCCAAUGUAUCUGCUGCUAAGACAAUCACGACGACUACUGGUUUCGGCGAUAAGUUCAAACCAAAGUCGGGAAGCUGGGAAUGUCCUGGUUGCUACUUGACCAACAAAGCGGACACUACGAAAUGUGUCGCGUGUAAUGAGCCGCGCGAUCCAACGAAGAAGGACGAACCAAAGCAAUCCACUCUUACGGGUGGGCUAUUCGGUAAUCUUGCCCCACCGAAGGAAGGUGCCAGCAAGUUUACGUUCGGUAUGCCUCCAUCCUCCGUUACUGUGACGCCGAUCACUUUCGGUUCGGUUACACCUGCUACAACGGUGGGUUCGAAAAAAUCUUUGGAUCUACAGUCUACAAAACCUGCUACAUCUACCCCGGCAAAGGGUGGAACCGCUGUCAGCGGUGGUGGCGGUGUUGGAUUCGGCGAACAGUUCAAACCGAAACCUGGCUCAUGGACUUGCAACGAUUGCUAUCUUUCCAACGGAGCAGACGCGCUGUACUGUGUGAGCUGCGAAAGUCCGAAAGAUCAUACGGUUCCGAAGAAAACUGCUGGUGGAGCGUCAUCUACCGGUGGUGGAUUGCUACUAAAGUCGGACACAUCCAAGUUUAGUUUCGCAGCAGGUGGUGGUUUCACCAUUGCUGUGGCGUCUACAGCAGCCGCUAAUGUCACGACAACAGCAGCAGCAUCAGUCGUCAGCUCGAUUACAACUGUAACGAGUACGGCGAGCAGCAACCUUUCGCAGCAAUCCUUCUUUGGAGGAGGAUUUUCUUUCGGCAGCACACUGAAACCGAUACAAAACAACAGUUCGGCAGCCAGUGGUACAAUCGUUGCUGCCGCAACACCGGAGAAACCCGUUUUCAAAUUUGAACUACCAACACCGACCGGUGGUCUUUCGUUUGGCUCGAAGCUAACACCGAACAAGACUGCAAGCAGCAGCAGCAUUGGUGGUGAUGGACAGACCACUGUCAGCACUUCGUCAGCGAUCAGCAAGCUGGAUCCACCGGAGAAAGCCACAUUUGGUUUUGUGUUCAAGCCAAAAUCACCGGGCCGCACGCUAAGUGGGGAAGGUGAUGGUGCGGACGAUGAUGGCGCAACUGGCGAAAACAGUGUGACGGAGGAAGAAAACAAUACCUACUUUGCGCCCGUUAUUCCGCUACCGGAUAAGGUCGAAGUAAAAACUGGCGAGGAAGACGAGCACGUGCUGUACACACAUCGUGCUAAACUUUAUCGUUUUAUCAGCUCCGAAUGGAAGGAACGUGGCAUUGGUGAUGUAAAGAUCCUGAAGCACAAGGAGACUGGAAAGCUAAGAGUGGUAAUGCGGCGCGAGCAGGUGCUUAAAAUUUGUCUCAAUCACGCUCUUACUGAUGACAUCUGUUACACGAAGAAGGACGACAAAUCUUGGCAGUUUGUGGCUAAUGACUUCUCCGAGGGUAAUUUUGAAAUCAUGAACUUCUGUUUGCGGUUCAAAUCGUCCGAUAUUGCGCAAGACUUCCGUGACGCGAUUACGGAUGCGUUAAGCGGAAAAUUGAACAGCUCGAUGGUGGACGAGACGAAGGAUGAGACGAAAAUUACAUCCCCAGGCCACAACGAUACCACCAUCACGUCCACCAGUUCGCCGAUAGGUGCGUUAAACUUCUCCAAAUUAAGCGACAUUUCACUCAACGAUCGAGAAACGGCACAGAAACUGAAGCUGCCGGAUAACUUUUUCGAAACCACCGCUACAACCACACCAUGUGCCGGUUGUCGUGGUUGCGAUUCGGAUACUUUCGUGUUUCCAACCGUUGAAGGGAAACAGUCCGCGACGGAAUCCGACGGUGAUGAUCAGCCCCUGCCUAUAGAUAUUAAGAGCGUAAAACCGUUGCCACCUGUGGCGCCGCAGAGUAGCUUACCGAACAAAGUGCUAUUUGGUGGAGCCCAGACCGCAAACAUAUUUGGUGGAGAUAAUGCAGCAAAAGUAAGCGCAACACCGGCGGCCCCCAUACCGGGUUUGUUCUCGGGAUUAUCGUUUAAGGUACCAGCGGGCACUGGUAGCAGUGUGGGACCCGCCAGUACGACAAGCACUUUCCUAUCAGCGGAAAAAAAAUCAUCAGCAUCGCCUUUCAUGUCUGCCACUUCAAUUUUCGGUGGUGUGCAGCCAUCCUCCACAGCGGAGCAAACGGCAACGAGUGGUACGAAUGCUAAGUUUGCUUUUGGAAGUUCAGUUGCGAUUGGAUCGGCAGCUUCUGGCGGUUCGAUCUUCUCUGCAUCGCUUAAUACAACACCGAAAACAUCGUUUGUUGCGCCAGCGGGAUCACCUGGUGCACAGGUAACAUCUACCACGGUUGAUAACAGCAAAACCACCACCAACACGGUCGUGGCUGCUGCAAAACAGACCAACACGAGCAGCCCACUGUUGCAGCCCGCAUCCCUAACAACGCCACCUUCCGGCAAAAUGGCUGAAGGGGCAGGAAAAUUCUUUGGAUCAUCAGUCGGAGGCUUUGGCAGCAGCGGUGGUUUCGGUUCUACCGGUAGUACGAAUAUGUUCUCGGGAGGAAACAUUUUUGGUGGUACGAGUACGAAAACAGCUACCAGUGCUACCGCAACGCCACCAAGCAGUGCAGUUGGUAGUACACCAGCACCAACUACUACUAUCAGCAAUUCCCUUUUCGGAAGUGUUGCCUUCGGCGAUGCUGGUAAACCUUCCAUUUUUGGCGGUGCAAGUGGCUUUACUUUUGGUAGUUUAGCUAAGCAAUCUACCACAGUAACAACCAGCAGCAAUAGCGUCUCCUCCACCAAUAACAGCGAUGCUCCUUCGUUGUUCAAAAUGGACGAUAGUGUAAGCUUUGCGACACUGGCUAGCAGCAAUAGUCCUGCAUUUAGCAACACACUCAAGCAAACAGAGGAUGGUACCAAAUCUGCCGGAGGCUUCGUAGGAUUAACGGUGAAGGAGGAUUUCUUUUCUCGCUCGGCCUCAGCUAAACUAAACAACAGUACAGAUGGCGCCGGGGCUAAUAAUACUGAGCCAACCAAUGGUAAUAGGGAUGAGAUGGGAGCAAUGGGCGGUGAGGAUGGCACGGUUGCCGCUGGUGGAGAGGAAAAUUAUGAUCCGUACUACGCCCCUGUCAUACAGUUGCCAGAUGAGAUCGAAGUGCGUACGGGUGAGGAGGAGGAAACAAAACUGUUUGGCGAACGUGCCAAACUAUUCCGUUACGAUGCGACCACAAAGGAAUGGAAAGAAAGAGGUGUCGGAGAACUAAAGAUUCUACACCAUCCAGUAAGGAACACUUAUCGGUUACUGUUACGACGUGAACAAAUUUUCAAGCUCGUCCUGAACCACGCCAUCACAGCGGACCUUUCCAUUACUCCGAUGAACAACUCCGACAAGGCAUUCGUUUGGGGCGCCAUGAAUCAUGCCGAGGCACCGGGCCAGCUGGAACAGUUGGCUGCCCGCUUCAAGAACGAAGGCAUUGCGUCCGAGUUCCGCAGCACAUUGGAACGGUGCCAAGAGAAAUUGCGUGCCAGGCCAGAUCUGGAGCCAGAUCAAGAUUAAUAACAAAUGUU